AUGUCCCAAUUAGGACACGUUUCUGCUGUCAAUUUGAGAGGGCAAAACAACUUAAAUAAUCUUUGGAGCUCUCAGUCUUGGAGAUGCUACUGUCUUUGUGGGAAAAUGAAUACACUAUCAUUUGCAAGUAGUGAUGCUAUGGGUAGUAAAUUGAAGAGUCCUGCUGCUCAUGCUUUUAUGACGAGAUCAGGAAAAGAUGUGUCCCCUUUGAAGGUUGUUUGCAUUGACUAUCCAAGACCAGGGAUUGAGAGUUCAGUCAAUUAUUUGGAAGCUGCUUAUUUACCUUCAACGUUUCGUAACUCUCCACGUCCAUACAAACCAUUAAAGAUAGUCAUUGUUGGUGCAGAAGCUGUAAAUGUGUUGAAAUUGGUUUUGGAGAAACGCUUAUUGUGA